AUGCCUGAGAAAUCUCAUCCCAACAACAACGGAAAAGCUGUACAAUCCAUAGAACCUCACCAAUCUUCAUGGCUCACACAUUGGACAGGAACACGAUUUGAAUCAAGCACACAUGUUCCUUCAACUCGCCUUAUUCAAAACAAAGAAGAUGAUUUUGAUAUGAAGAUACACACGAAGGGAGUUGACAUAGCAUCCGAUAGCUGUGGAUCUUCAAAAGGGAUCAACGAUUUGGAAUUAGCAAUGAGUUUAAAGAAACCAGGUACUCAAUCUUUCCCAUUUUUCAAACGAGGUCAAGAAAGUGGGAGAAGUUUCAUAAUGAACGAAGGAAGUCAAGCUCAAGGAUUAGGACCUCAAGUUUCUCACAAGAAAUCAACAGCUGGUUUGAAUAUAGGAUCUUCAUCAAGAGAAUGUCAUUUUCAACGUGAAGAAGCAUCACAAAUUCCUUCUGAACAGGUGAAGUAUCACAUGUUUUUUGGUGAAAGCCAAACAACCCAUGGACAAGAAAACAUGAGCCAGCUUAAAACCAUAUUCGCAUCCAAAAACCACUUGCCAAAAACUAAUUCAGUAGCCAUGGAACAAGAACACAAGAUGUCAUCUUUUUUAAGACAAGAUAAUGCAUCCCUUUUGAAGACUGACCCUUCUACAAGCAGCAAUUCUUCACCUUCUUUAAUUGCAGAACAAUACAAAAGGAUGCAAAAACAUAUUGGAAUGGGAUUCUUUCCACAUCAAAGUUGUCCAGAAGUGAUCAAACCAGGGACAAUGCAGUCAUUUCAAAAUGUUUCUCACAGUUUUUCAAGGACAACUCACAGUGUGUUAAUCACAAAACAGACUGAUGUUAAAGUGUAUCAAGAAAAGCAGAUCUUUAGGGAGUCCAUGGUAUCUACUCGGCUUAAAGAAGAAACUGUAAGGGAGGUCAACCACAGCCCUGCAUAUUUUGCUAAUAGUCAACGAGGGGUAAAGCUUCAACUUUUGGAGUCUUCAGAUCAAGAAUCUCAGGAAAAGAUUGAAGAUGUUCAAAAAAAUGAGUCAUCAGCUGAUACUGACACCAUGGAUAUGGAAUCUUUCAAGGAGAAUCAUCUUUCUGGUGUACAAUUCUCCCCACAAACCAAGGAGAUGACAAUGGAGUCAAAUAUUCCCAUUUUACCCUUGUCAAAACCAAAAGACACACACAGAAAACGUAAAAUGGAACUCCCGGAUAUUAACCUAGAAAUUUCCUCUCUCCCAGCUUCAUCAAGCUCAACCGAAAAAGAAAAAGAAAAAGAAAAAGAAAAAGAAAAAAGCGACCCAUGCACCUCAAGAACACAAAGCCUAGACAUCAACCUUGGCCACACAACUAACUCAAACUCAAACUCAUGUGGCCACACAACUAACCAUGGUUCAGAGCCAGGUAGCCGUUGGAUCAAACGCCUCAAGCUGACCGGGUCGGGUUUUCUUCCAAAAACUUCACCUGACAACAAGCGUUUUACAAAAGUAAAAGUGGGCCCACCAUCAGAAACUACGAUAGCUGAAUCUAGUGAUCGUCAUAAUAAUAAUAAAGAGGUGGUUGGACUUUCGAAUGCUUGGAUUCAAAGAUGGAGUAGUAAUCAGGGGCAAAAGAGUCCGGUGGUGGAAAGAAUUGAAAAGGGAGAAUGUAAAGUGGGGCCUCCGGAGGAAGAUGAGAAAAAGCAGUUUCCGAGUAUUGCUGCAAUGGCGUUGAUGGGGAAGGCCAUGAGUGGGUUUCAACAGUGUAAGUUUCAGAAAAGGGAAUCGUUUAUGGUUUGGAAUACAAAAGGUUUUGAGUAA